GAUGAUGUUCGUGUCUUGACUUUGAGCGAAUACAAGGAAGCUGCAUAUUCCUUGGCAGAGGCUUUCAAGGAAGAUCACACCACCAUCUAUUUUACGGAUACUCCUGACCGUGCAGAAUGGACGGACGAGCAAAAGUGGCAGCUCCAUCUGAAGAUGAUGGAGUACAUCACCUACGCUCAUCUCCUCAAGGGCCUGGUAGUCAGUGCUGGUCCGAACUAUGAUUGUGUUGGUCUUUGGAUGCCACCGGGCGAAAACAUGGAUGACUACUUCACGAUCCUCAGGUCUGGCAUGUGGCGACUCUCUUACCAGCUCUCAAAGGAAGGCCGUAAGCGCUUCUUCAACGAAUUUCUCCCCCUCCUCGCCGACACCAAGGCUCAAGUCAUGGGCGAACGCGACCAGGACUCCUGGUAUCUCGUCUACAUUGGCACUCGACCAUCUGGUCGCGGUAAAGGCUACGCGAGGAAAGUCAUUGACUAUGUCACCAGAAUCGCGGACCGAGAUGGCAAGGCCUGCUAUUUGGAAAGCUCCAAUGCUGUAAAUUUGAAGAUCUAUGGAAAGAUGGGCUUUGAGCUCCGGAAGAACAUAUAUCUUCAGCGAGAGAUGGAAACUGUGCAGCUCGAUAUCAUGGUUCGAGAGCCG